CGGGGCUGGGAGACGCGGACGCCGCAGCCUCCGGACCCCGGGACCCCGGACCCUUCGGGACUGGCCGGAGACGAAGGACUGAGGCCCCACUGAGGCGGUGGGUCGCACCGCUCGGCUCCCUCGGCUGCCGCCUCCCGGAACGGAAGAUGCACCCCAGGAGCUGCCUGCCACCUCUCCUGCUGUUCCUGCUGCUCCUGGAGUCUGCAGUACAGGGCUGCCCAUCAGGCUGCCAGUGCAACCAGCCACAGACAGUGUUCUGUACUGCCCGCCAGGGAAGCACAGUGCCCCGAGACGUGCCACCUGACACGGUGGGCCUGUACGUCUUCGAGAAUGGCAUCACCACACUUGAUGUGGGCAGUUUCACUGGCCUCCCUGGCUUGCAGCUCCUCGACUUGUCACAGAACCAGAUCACGAGCCUGCCUGGUGGCAUUUUUCGGCCACUGGUUAACCUCAGUAACCUGGACCUAACUGCCAACAAACUGCAUGAGAUCUCCAAUGAGACCUUCCGGGGCCUGCGCCGCCUUGAGCGCCUCUACCUGGGCAAGAACCGCAUUCGCCACAUCCAGCCUGGAGCCUUUGAUGCGCUUGACCACCUCCUGGAGCUCAAGUUGCAGGACAAUGAGCUUCGGGUGCUGCCCCCACUGCACUUGCCCCGCCUACUGCUGCUUGACCUCAGCUACAACAAUAUCCCGGCCCUGGAAUCUGGAAUACUGGAUACCGCCAAUGUGGAGGCACUGAGGCUGGCUGGCCUAGGGCUGCGGCAGCUGGAUGAGGGGCUCUUUGGCCGCCUGCGCAACCUCCAUGACCUGGAUAUUUCUGACAACCAGCUGGAGCACAUGCCAUCUGUGAUCCAAGGCCUGCGCGGCCUGACACGCCUUCGGCUAGCUGGUAACACCCGCAUUGCCCAUGUCCGGCCUGAGGACCUGGCUGGCCUGACCGCCCUACAGGAAUUGGACGUGAGCAACCUGAGCCUGCAGGCCCUGCCCAGUGACCUCUCAAAUCUUUUCCCCCGCCUGCGCCUCUUAGCAGCUGCCCGAAACCCCUUCAACUGCUUAUGUCCCUUGAGCUGGUUUGGGCCUUGGGUGCGGGAGAGCCAUGUUGUGCUGGCCAGCCCUGAAGAGACACGCUGUCACUUCCCACCCAAGAAUGCUGGCCGACUGCUCCUGGAUCUGGACUAUGCAGAUUUUGGCUGCCCAGUCACCACUACCACAGCCACCAUACCCACCAUAAGGCCUACUGUCAGGGAGCCCGAGCCUUCACCUUCUAGCCGAGCUCCCACAUGGCCCAGCCCCACAGAACCAACUACCCAGGCGUCCACCUCACCAUCCACUGCCCCACCAACCGUGAGGUCUGCUUCUCAGCCCCAGGACUGCCCAGCAUCCACCUGCCUGAAUGGUGGUACCUGCCGCGUAGGGGCGAAACAUCACCGGGAGUGCCUGUGCCCCGAGGGCUUCACCGGUCUGUACUGUGAGAGUCCAGUGGGGCAAGGGAUGAAGCCUAGCUCCAUGCCAGACACCCCAAGGCCCCCUCGGCCCCUGCCCCUCACCAUCGAGCCAGUGAGCCCCACCUCUCUGCGUGUGGGGCUGCAGCGCUACUUGCAGGGCAACACUGUACAGCUCCGGAGCCUCCGCCUCACCUACCGUAACUUGUCUGGCCCUGACAAGCGCCUGGUGACCCUACGGCUGCCCGCUUCACUUGCAGAGUACACAGUCACUCAGCUGCGGCCCGAUGCCACCUAUUCCAUCUGUGUCACGCCCUUGGGGACUGGGCGGGUGCCUGAAGGUGAGGAGGCCUGUGGGGAGGCCAACACUCCCCAGGCUGUCCGCUCCAACCAUGCCCCAGUGACCCAGGCCCGUGAGGGCAAUCUGCCCCUCCUUAUCGCACCUGCCUUGGCCGCUGUGCUUCUAGCUGUGCUGGCUGCUGCAGGAGCAGCCUACUGUGUGCGGCGGGGGCGGGCAACAGCUACAGCUCAGGACAAAGGGCAGGUGGGACCGGGGACCGGGCCCCUGGAACUAGAGGGGGUGAAAACUCCCUUGGAGUCAAGCUCUAAAGCAACAGAGGGAGGUGGGGAGGCCCUGUCGGGAGGUCCUGAAUGUGAGGUGCCCCUUAUGGGCUACCCAGGGCCCAGCCUUCAGGGGGCCCUCCCCGGUAAGCACUACAUCUAAGCCGGGACCCAUAGAGCAGCCAGGCUUUUAGUCACCACCCCCUGCUGCCACACAAGCAAGUUCUCGAUAUGCACCACCGGGCACAUGCAUGACGGCGCUGUGGGACCUGUCCCCGACCCUCUCUGGCCUGGAUCUCAUUUGUGAGCUGCUAUGGCCCAGACGAACCAUCAUAGCCAUCACUAUGUCCAAAACAGGUACCUGCUGUCUGCUGCAGUGUGCGGCCCUGGGGUGUGAGUCCUGCCAUGUGCUGGUAACAUGGCUAGGCAUGCUGGGCUUCCCCACAUGGACUCUGGUGACCAGUGAAGGAAUCCCCCAGAAGUACUGGAUGGGGGAGGCACUAUGGCUGUGGCCUUGGCCCCAAAAGUGCGGGAACACUUGAAACUGGAAAGGAAGGUGCUCUGGGCACAAGUGGAUUUGCUUCUAUUGUUUUGUUUUGUUGUUUUGUUUUUUUUUAAAUGUAUUUAUAAAAGAUCAUUUCCCGUUUAUGCUGGGAAAGUGUUUUUCAAACUCAGUGACAAGGACUUUGGUUUUUGUAAGACUAUUGAUGAUAUGAAGGCCUUUUGUAAAAAAAUAAAAAACAAAACAGAUUGACUGUCUCUGGUUGGGCUUGGGGUGCAUGAGCUGUGUGUUCUGUGGACACCUAUGUCACUGGCCACACACCAGGCAUGGGUUUGCCAGGGCCGCUGCU